AUGUUCUUUCAGAAAAUCUUUGGUGCGUUGAGCGUGUGGAGGUGGAUGGCUGAGGGAAUUUUUUACCAGAAAAAAUUAAAAAUUAAGUAUUUGGAGAAGCGAGAGCAAGUGGAGGUGGCGGCAUGGAUCUGCUGGUUCCUCUCGACAGAUUGCAGUACAGGUAAGAGGGCCAGUGAAAUGGGACGCAAAGAUACCAGACAGAGAACAGUUGCCGGGGGCCAGUGCUCUGUAAAGAGCAGGAGGAUAAUUGGAGCCUCAGUUCCGCACAUCCAAGUGCGGCGAGGAUGGGAGCUAAAACUCCUCAUCCUCAGCGGAGCGGGAGAUCUAGCCGCUGCUGGACUGAGUUAA